ACGGACGUAUUGAGGGGAGGCGAUUUUCUCGCUCGAUUCUCUUCCGCGAUUCGUAGUGUAUGUUUUUAAGCAUAAGUUUUCGCAACUUUCGUGUCUAGUGUUACUGUACGAUAGACUAGUUAGAUACUGUAGUGCCGUGUAUAGGUAACUUAGUGGAGUACAAGUUAGUUGUAACUGAACGGUGUUUUGAUGAUGUUUGUGGUACGUUUUGUGAGUGGCUGAAUUUUGGACUGUUUGUUUUUAACUGAUGGGGGAACUCUGAGCAAUGGAGCGGCGCGACGUCCAUCACUGCAGCAUUGCUAAGCAGACCAUACUCACUACCCACCCCAGUGGUCUGCAGACUCGAGUAUCAGUGGAACUGGCUAACUUCGACGCGUUAUGCGUUCAUGAGUGCAAGAAAAAGAUGUGGGAAGGCAGUCCGUUUCUCCCAAGAAGAAUGCUUGGUUCAACGCACGCUACUCCCGUUCUUGGACGGAGGAGUGAUGCGGUGAAUGAGGGGAGACUGUCGCAGCAAUGCACUCCUGUGAUGAGGAGGAGGGAGGCGGCCAGUCCGGCCGGCAGCCCGCUGCCAGCGCGGAGGGACCGGGAGGAGGAGCCGUGUGAUAUGGACAACGCCGUCAUCAGCGGUUGGCUCAAGUUCCGGGAUAAUAAGCGGUGGAAGUCUCGGUGGGGGGUCGUCACCAAGUUGUCGCCGGCUGCAGACUGCCUGCACCUGCAGCUGUACCGCGACCCGAAGGACCGGUUCAAGAAGGGGCAGACGAAGGCGUCACUCUCCCUCCAGCAGUUCCUCGGGUUCGAGUCCGGGUUCACGCUGGACAAGGAGUCCAACACCAUCGCCAUCAUCUGCCGCGACCUCGUCGUCGUGCUCGCCUUCGAGACGCGCGAGCGGCUCAUCGCUUGGCAGGUGAAAGUGGGCAGCCAGCUGGGCAGCUCCCGCGAGUUCCUGGUGCUGGUGGGGGGCGGCGGGGGCGCGGGUGGCGGGGGAGGGGGGUCCCGGCGGCUGGCGGCCGGGCCGGCGCGGCUGCACCUGCAGGGGAGGCGGUUCGCGCUCACCAGCGGGGUCCCGCCGCGGCUUGUUGGGCUUUGGGAAAUUGCGCACUUGAGACGUUACGGCGUGGUGGAGGGUCGAUUUUGCUUCGAGGGGGGGUCCCUGUGCGGCAAAGGGGAGGGGCUGCACGUGCUCAUCACAGACCAGGCACAGGAGAUCACUGACGCCUUCGACCUCGCCGCCCGGGGGAACCUCACGCAACGAUCUGCUACCUCCAGGAAAAGUACAGGUGCAGACAAGACUCGGCCCAGCACUAGAAUGUCAGAUUUGAACACGGACCAGUCGCUGCCCGACACCGCCAGCGGCUUGUACGAAGAGAACUUCUUCGGAGAGGACUGUGGCCGCGUUUCGCCGUACUGGAUGUCUGACGAGAGGCGCGGCAGUGAGGACCCUGACUUUGGAAGACACGACAGCGACAUCGGUGCCAAGCCUCCCUGGGGCGCUGCUGAUCACGUUACUUUAGAGCGCUGCUCCAACUGUCUCACAAAGCUUGGAGUAUCCCGCUCCUCCACCGUCGCCCUCUCCCCCACCACACACUUCAACCCGGCCUGGACUAUGGAAGCGGUCCCCGAAAGCAGCUCCGAUAGCUCCUCAAACAACACAGAAUAUUUAACCCCGCGAAUGAUAAGAAAGAGCCUUGAAGCCUGCCAAUGCAAAGAUAAUCCUCCACAAAGGCCGCCGAAGCCGGGACACUUUGAAACGAAGAAACCACCCGCGCUAUUGCCGUCUCAAUGCGCAUGCGUAAAUGAGAAUAAUUAUCCUAUCAACAAUCCUAAAGUAGGACCCUAUGAAAAUUACGAUGUUCCUAAAGCCACACAUGUUGAACCGGUGGACAACGCCGAGUACUACGAUACACCGAAACGAAUAAAGCAAGCAUUAGCUGAAGAUCUUUUUCAGGUCACCAAGAGUACCUCGCCGGGCUCAUUGGUCUUACAGAAGAAAUGUGGAUGUAUACUUAAGUUUGGGUCCCGGAAGAAACCUGUAAUUGUAGAAUGUGAAGAAAAUCUUCAGCCAGUAGAAUGUCCAUGUCAAAAGGUCACAAACUGGGCAAACAAUUUAAUCAGUCUUCCCUAUUGUAAACGAGAAAUCACUAGCGAGAAAGUCAAUACUGAAAUACUCACGACGCAGAAAUCAGAAGAAAUGGCUAUCUACGCCACCGUAGACAUGUCCAGAAAAACCAACAGACAAAGUGGAACUGUCUCAGAGAAAGAUUCUACAGAAGAGACCUUAAAAGAUUCAGCAUUUACUAACUAUCAAAAUUUAGAACCAGUCCACGAUCACGAUGUAGGACCGUAUGCAAAUUAUGAAAACCUUGAGUUCGCAUUAUCUUUGGAAUAUUACGAAAAUGCAAAAGAUUUACUAAAAAAAGCAGGUGUCACGCAAAAUGAAUUGGAUGCAUUGAGUGCGAAUGUAGACAUCGCUUCUUCAAUACUGCCCAAAAAACCUCGCGUAUGUACAAAAUGUGGUCACGCACAACAACAUAAAAAUCAAGAGUCACAGAAAAAUAAAAGUGACGAAUAUCUUCUCAUGGAGCCUUCUAGAGACGUAAAGCGUGAUCUCUGUCGAACAGUUGCACCCAACCCGGGGUAUACUCCGAUGUCGCCUAACCCAAACUGGUCGCAAAGCCUGAAACAUCCGAUGCAUAAACUACACAAAGUAGAAAUAGAAAAAUCUUUAAGUAUACCCGCACUCAGCGGAGGCAACAGGACACAAAGUUUCGACGAGAGUUGCUCAAACAACAAUAAGGAAGCGAUACAAAAGCGGUCGAGUUCAGUAGAUUCGGCGCGACUUCUCGAAGAUCUCAAAGAAUUUGACAGCAGCAUCGGCAGUCACGCCACGUCCUCGUCUCUCGAAACUUUACGGAACAUGGCGAUAGAGAACCGACGAUCCUCAACCCCGUGCGAUAACGACAGGGAAUGUUACGACUGCUGCAAGUCCUCUGGAUCCGAAAACAAAACUUCCGAAGAGAGUCCCUCUAAAGACGUUCCACACUUACGAAAUAAACUAAUGGAUAAUGCACAGAUAAAGAGGUCGUCAAGUGUCCCGUGCAAGUCUGGCGGAAACAGAGACUCGUCGAGUUCAAACGACUCCGGCGUGUCGAGUUGUUCGAUGAAGCACGGCGGGGAGUUCAACGAAUUCGAGAUGCCGCUCACGUCGGGGCACUCGCGGUACCAGUACAUGCUACACAGGCGGAUGCGCGGCAAUCUGAGUGGGUGCCUGCACUCGUCGCUGCCGCGGAAGUCCAAGUCGUCGGACCCGCUGCGCGACCAGUCCAUGCAGCUGUACAAGGGCGCAGUGCCCGCCAAGUCGUCCUCAGCUGAGGCGGAAGUACCCGUCCUACCUCCGAAACAAUUCAAAGGUGUCCUGGACACACACAGCACGUCGAGCGGCACGUCGGACAUGUCCGACUACAUCGAGACGCUGUCGCUGACCUCGUCGCACUCCUCGUCUGACACACAGUCCGUCAUGAGAAUGGGCCGCCAGCCGACGAGCACGCUGCGGCCGCGCUCCGGCAAGGAGUACCACAACCUGGAUCCCGGCAUCACCUCCCUGUACAAGACCCCGCACGACCUCGCCAAUUACACCAACCUGCCCUAGACACACCGACAGACGUACUUUGUUGACUAAUUAUAUUUAUGACAGAUAGGCUGUAUCUAUACAAAGUUUACGAACAGCAAACCAGAUUGCUAGGGUAAAAAAAGAGUUUUUUGUGAAAAUAAUCAGUCGAUCAAAAUUAGAAAAACAGGAUUAUAGUGGUAUUUAAAAAUUAAAUCUUUGUACCUUUUUUCUCAAAAUAAGUAAACAUUAAAAAUAUGAAUUGUACAGAUGUGAAGAAACUUAGAAGUAACAUUUGUAUUGUGAACCAACAAACGGUAACAAGUGUAAAGCUACAAGUUACGAGACUAGAUCCGAACGCGAUUGUUAUUAAAAUGAACUCGAAAGUAAAACAUUACAAUGACAAUGGCAACUCGAAUAAUUAUUUCUAACUUUUUAACAAAGACGAGCGAAACACGCCGGAACACCGCUGCUUUUCGUUCUCGUUAUUAAUUUUAUCGCAGAAAAGACUGAAUUUUACAUUUUAAUUAGCUUCUUUUUAUAUUGAACUGUUUAUUUUACCAUUGAAAUGGAACGUAUCUAGUCACAGAUCCAGUGAACCUUGUAUCAUAUAUUUGUAAGUACCUACAGAUAAGAAAAAUAUCGUAUCAGAAUUUAAACUUGUACAAAAACGGGGUAAAUUUAUUAAACAACGAUUUAAACAGUGUAGUCUUAGAUUGUAAAGACAUUUUGUACGACGUUUGAUUAAUCGUAUUUAUCCUGUACAUUGUAUACUUAAUGUUAUACGUCAGCAAUAAUAUAGUUCCGGGAUAGAGGCUGUGUGAUCGCCCACUACCCGGCUGUCGUCGUGGUGUCCAAUGUUCGUAACUGCGGACAUUAACCACACUAAUAUUAUGUAAAGUUACUAUACGUCUUGUUAUCGACACACUAACCAGCCUUCCAAACCAAGUUUUUAGCAAGCAAAUUGAACAUUAGAAAGAUUUUAUUAAAUAUUCAAACUUUUUCUUAGAAAAAAUCAUUUGUUACACAUUCAUCUCCAUUUCCGACUUCCCAUUAGUUUGACACUGCUUUUUAAGAAUGCGAAAUCUUUGAAUAAUGAUGACAUAUCGACAGAAACAAGGCUAAGUGUCGACAAGCGGGUGGUGUGGUGAUCGAUCACGGCCGCGGCCGGGGCGACGUGCAAUACACUCUUGUGAACCGGCGGCCGCUUGUAUUGCGAACUAACUCUUACAAAGUGACCUAUAAAUCUUAUAAAACUCCUAUCCUCUACUACUUAUGUUACCUUCAACGCUGCUCGGCAUAUUAUCUAGGUUGAUGUAAAUUAACAGUUUCAGUCAGAAAAAAACCUCUUUCGCUCGUGCUAUCGUGGCCGACAGCGAACUAUUACUAUCAGAUGAUACGAGUAAUUCGUAUAAAUGGGUCAUGUAUAACAAUUACUACUGUCUAUUGUUGUAACUAGCUUUAUCAACGAUUAUCCAAGAAUGACGGGCUAAAUAGCAGACCUGGGGGGUCAAGAAGGCCACAUCGAAGCAAUUCAUCUAAAAAAGCAAUAUUGCAAUGUGACAUUUGCGCAUAUAAAAGUAAGUGCGCACAUAUAUUGUUUUUUUUAAAUGAAUUGCUUCCAUGUGGCCUUUCUAACCCCCCUGCAUGAGAAGCCUACACCCAGCAGUGGGCCUUCACGACGUGAUGACGUAAGCAAUGCAAGCGCGCUGCGCCGGAGUAAUGUAUCCGUAGUAAUCUCGCUAGAUGUAUACCAUACGACUGUAUUUCAUCCUCCACUCUAAAAUGUUACCUAUACAUAUGAAUAAACUUAUAGUAAUUU